GUCACUGGAUAUUUAUCAGUGAAAUUACAACGCUAUUAACAUUAUAAAUCUCUUUUGCUGCAUUCAAAAACGAACUUUUGACUUGGUAGAUGGAAUUUUAUUUCGAAUAGGACCAGACGGAAAUUAUCGAUAAUUUUCACAACAGUGAUACCGACAAUUAAAAUUAUGAUGCCACAGUCACAUUUAUUAUCAAAAGGAAGAACUAUUUUGAGUGCAAAUCUUUCGAGUCUGAUUUACAGAAUAUUUUCAACACACUCUUACCCAGCAUCGGAUGUUACGGAGCAAAAUUGUCUCAAUGAAAAAUGCCGUUUUAAGCAGACUGAAAUGGCUGAAUUAAAGAAAGCAUCACACAUUAAAAAGCAAAUAACUGCCAUUAAAUAUGAAGUAAGGCCUAUAAGAAAAGAAGAUAUUCCCCAGACACUGGACAUCUGGAAAGAGACUGGAGUGUAUGGAGGAGACUAUCUUCACACAUGGCUGGCAUUUGAUCCCGAGGGAAUUCAUGUUGCUGUUACAGAUUCAGGGGAAGUAUUAGGAGCAUGUGCUGGAGUUAUAAAUCAUGAUGAUUUAGCUUUCUUUGGUGCGUACAGUGUGCGUGAGAAAUACCAACGUCAAGGAAUAGGUUUCAAGAUAUAUCUUGCGUGCAACGAGCAUAUUGGUGCAAGAAAUGCAGGCCUGAACGCUGUACCAGGAAAACUGGAACUUUAUCGAGAUAAAUAUGGAUUCUCUAUAGUUGAAAACAAAUGGGACUUAUUAGUCAAUGAAAUAUAUGAAAACAUUUCUCCUGAAAACUUAUCGUAUGAAGUUCCCAAAGGUGUUUACAUCGAAAACUGUCGAAUCGCUCAUCUACCUUUAAUUUACGAAUAUGAUUGCAACCUCGUGGGCUAUAGACGUGAUCUGGCGAUUAAAUUCAUGGUUCAAGAACAAGACACCGAAUCAUUAGUGGCAACCAAAGAUGGUGAAUGUGUUGGGUUUGGAGUUAUCAAGAAGACUUAUCGAGGAGUACAUCACAUAGGUCCGCUGUAUGCCAAUGAUGCUGCAGUAGCGGAAGUAAUAUUAAGGAGGCUCAUUGUGUCUACUCCUGAAAUAAAAGGUCUCUACAUGGCAACCGUCAGUAAUAAUGUACCCGCUAAUGAUUUUGUAAAGAAACUUGGCUGCCCAAAGUUGGAACUAUGUCCGCGGCUCACUCGCAAAGAAAUGGCGAAUGUCGAUACAAAUAGAAUUUUCGCUCUCUUCGAUAUGCAUUUUACUCUCUUCUGAAGAACUUACAAGCUUCAUGCAAUUGCACAUACAAGGAUGCAUAAUAUGUUAACGAAUUUGACCUUUAGAAAUCUCCUUUAUUCAGAGGAAAGGCGAAUUUUUCUUUAAAAAUUUUAAUUUAAUAAUUUACUUUCAGUUAUUCAGAUAUAAAUGAAGGAUGCUUCCCUCUGACAUAGGUGCGUUACAUCCGAUCGUGUCAAAACCCAUUGAAUUUAAUGGUAAAUUACCUAAUGUUUUGGUCACCAAUGAAGGGAUCGAAAGUGCUUCAAAGCAGGGUAUGGGAAAACCGGUUUAGGGCCACUCCAUUUAACUUCCUACCUCCAUGUGCUGCAGGUCCCGCAACCCCCAGUUUAAGACACCCUGCUUUAUAUUAACUGUAAAAGGUAAAAGAGUUGAUUACUGGGCUUCUAGUUUAAGUUCUGAAUGAUGUAAUUAUUAGAAGUUGACUUCUUGGCCGAAACUAAGCGUAGAUUCUUACAUAUAAAGCCUGGUUGUUGUGUGUGUCCAUUUCCUUAUUUCACGGAUGCUUUGUUAUCAGAGGGCUAAAUAAUCCAUGGUUUCAGCCAUCCACAUUAAGAAGCAAGUGUCUGACUAUUUUGCUGAGGGGUUGUUGGGGACGGAGGACGGGAAUACUUGGUGCCUAACAAAGGUAAGCAGGUAUAUGUCCCACGCCCUCCACUAUCUUAAACCGCAGCUCCCAAGACCCAGGAGUUCUGCCUUGGGAAUGCACUAAUGCUGGGACAAGAGAAAAUGCAUUUCAAAAUUCAAUUUUUAGACUAUUAAUUGUCUGUUUUGCAUAUUAUCUUAUACUAAUUAAACUCAAAUAUGACAGAC